AUGAAACGUAAAGCAGGGGCCAUUUGUUCUGUGGCCGCAAUUAUCAGCUUGCUCUUAAACAGCGGCGAGGCGCCCAUUAAUCGCGCCGGUCUGGAGCUUAUAGGCGAGGCAGAGCAGUGCAGGACCAUGCCGUAUGUGUGCCCAGCUGGUGUACUCACCGACGGCAUAGGCAACACCCAGCACAAUGUGGUGGCCGGUCAGCAGAAAAGCUUUAAGCAGAUCGCCCGUGAUUGGGGCGCCAAUAUCAACACGGCAUCCAUGUGCGUACGCCGGCAGUUUCGUGGCGACGACAUGAACGAAAACCAGUUUGCGGCGUUUACGUCCGUUGCGUUUCGUACGGGCUGCACCGGCUUGCGUACGUAUUACAACGCGAAACUACAGCGCCGGGUGGAAACCACUAUCCACAAACUGGCCAUGCAGGGCCGGUUUACAGAAGCGUGCGACCGCAUCACCGACUUUGUGAAUGGAGGGGGUAAACCGCUCCCUGGGCUGGUGGCUCGCGCCGAAAAAGAGAAAGCGCUCUGUUUGAAAAGCGUAAAUAAAUAG